CCCGGAUGUUUACAUUGGUUGCAAAUAUUUCAAAAUAUUUUUUCAGAAAGAUAUUCGACAUUUACGGUGUGUUUUAUCAGACCUUGUGGUUAAAGUAAUAAAUUAACGAAAUGAUAGAAUAGAUCCUUAAACCUGUAGCACAAUGGAGGCAGAAGACAAUGUUGAAUUUGAGCAUCAUACCCCAAAGCAUCCCCUUCCAGAGGAGAUACGUAAAAUGGGUAAAGAUGAUACUGUCUGUAAAUUUUGUGGAGUAAGCUACCUGAUACAUAGAGAGAUAAAAGCCCUGGAAGAUAAACUGAAAGCCACUGAGAAACAACUCCAGCUUUAUAUAGACUGCGAGCAAAAAGAAAAGGAAGCCAGACUGGAAUUAGAAAAAGUGCAAUCAAAGUUCGAUGGACUCAACACACAAAUCAAUGAAAGAAACUCACAGAUUGAGAAGUUAGAACAAUUGUUAAAGGAGAGAGGGGAAAAGAUUGAAGCCUUGGCAGAGAAUAGAAAGACACUAGAGGAGAAAUUAUCAACUGCUAUACAAGAUGCUGAGACAUCUAGGUCAAGUAUGCAAUCAAUAAGGCGAAACUUGCCAGGACUUCUGCACAGUAUAAGACAACAGAGAUCAGAGUUGACAAUCAUACAAACAAAUGUACAUGAGAGAGACAAGGUCUUCAAACAAGAGACAGAUAAACUACACACAGUCAUUAAAGAAACCUGCAAUAAAGAAUUAAAUGAUCUGACAACAAUGCAUGAGAAAAUGGUGCAGCUUGAAAAUGAAAACAUUGCUCUCAAAGACAAAGAUGAGUUCACAAAUCUUGAACUGAAAGCUGCCCAAAAGACUAAUGAGAAACUUAAUGAAGCUGAAAAAGAAACACAGAAUUUACAACAAAAAUGUUCUUCCUUGCAAUCAAAAGUCAAAGAGUUACAGAUAGAGUUGGAUGGUGCUGUAUCAAGGAGUAGAAUGAUUUCCAUUGAGUCCCAGCAAUAUAAAGAACAACUCAGAAACAAAAGCAAAGAACUUGAAGAUGUGCAGUCUAAUAUCAGAAAUACAGAACAACACAAUUUACAACAGAUACAAAAACUUCAGCUUGAGUUGAAGAGCAAGGAAUCUGAGAUACAAAGUGCCCAACAUGAGUUAGAGUCCUUCCAGAGAAAAUUUCAAAGACAACAGGAGGCUGAAUUAGAGAUAAAGAGACAAGCAACAGAAGUCUCAACUGAAAAAAGUCAGCUCCGUGAUUCGUUGUCCCGGGUGCAGUCAGAACUUACAUCAAUGAAGGCUGAGAGGGAACAGAUGAUCUCAAUACAUCAAAACAGAAUUGAGGAACUCCGACAAAGCUUCAAGAAUAAAAUGGCAGAGGCUGAGAGGUGGCCUGAAAAGCUUGAGGAAGUUCUAUCAAAAGAAAAGCGAAAACACAACAAAGAGCUGAGGAUGCUUGAGGAAAAAUUGAAGCAAAAUUUUGUGAUGGAGAUGCAGAUUGAGCAACAAAAACACCAGGAACUCUUGGAUAAAUACAAAUCUGAACAUAGAGAUGAUAAUAGCAAUACUCAAAACCAACUAGCAUUACUUCAAAAGCAGCACUCAAAUGAGAUAGCAGGCAUGAGAAAGGAGAACAAUGAUUAUAGAGCAAGGACUAGUGAGAUAGAGCAGGAGCUGAGGGGAGAAAUCAGCAGCCUGAAAGCCAUUAUACAAGAUCUAGAGGAUAGACUAGCAAAACUUGACGUUGGCAAUGAAGGUCUUGUGUCUGCUCUUAAAGUACAAGUUAUUGAGAAAGCAAGUGAAGCAGAUGAUCUCAGACAGGAAAUAAAUGCUUUAGAAAAUGAUCUCAAAGCUAAACAGGAGGAUAUCCUGUUCCUUCAAGAGACUGUAAGGAAAGAAUGUGAGGAGAGGUUUGAACUCAUGGAAACUCUUAGUGAGACUAAAGAACAACUUCUUUCAUUCAAAAGACCAUCAGGUGGUUACCAAAGCCCUAACCAGAGAGACAAUAUGAAACCUAUUAGGUCAAAUUCUACCAGUAGUGAAGCUGGUCACAAAAACAGCAUUGGGAGUAUAGCCAAUCCCCAACCGGGGGGUGUCACCCCCCAGCCACACCCUCCUCCCCCCAGAGACUUCCUAGGGAAUAGUUCCAGUAACUCUAGCAUGGCCAGGGAGUACUUGAACAAUGUACAGACUGUUGGAUUUGAUGGCGAGAAAUCUAGGAGUCCUGGGAAGCUGAAGGGCAAUAGUGUGACUGAUAGUAGGAAAAGGAUUGCAAAUGCAAUGGGGAGGAGGUAGCAACAUUUAAUGAUACCUGGGCUUCUAUAUAGGGUAGCCACAUCUGACAGACCUGUUGAUUGAAAGUGUGUGUACUUGUCUCUUCAAGGUCUACCAGUAUGAUUGUUACCUCAAAUAUUUCUGCUAAAGACAUAUAUGUUUUAUAGGUCUCUGUUUUUGCCAAAAGGCAAUGAGUAUUCCCAAUACCUUCCAUGUUUCUUUUCUGUUCCAUCAUUACACAUCCAGAUUAAACUGAAUUUGCCCACUCGUCAUAUUGUAGUGGAAAUGUAUUUGAUUUUGGUUUAUUUAUACCUCAAGCUCCUAAUAGAUCCAUGUUUUACUGAACUGAAGAAUGGAGCUGUUCAACUCUAUUUCACUACUCAUAAU